AUGCUUGCGAAAAUCUUCGGUUCAAAGAAAGAAAUUAAUGAUCCAGUGCACCGAAUAUGGGUGAAAUGGUUCACUGUUGAUCUGCCGAAGCAAUCGCAUUUGCAAGUCAUUCCUCAAGAUAUUUUAACAUAUUAUCAGCAGAUUCAACUAGUUACAUACACAAAACAGCAGGUAUUUAAGAACCGCGAACCUGACGAUCUCACAUAUUUUACUAAUUUAUUUAAACUUAAUGAACCUCUUGACGAAAAAGUUGAAAAUUUAAUUAAUUACAUCAAUACUUCUACAUCUGUCUUAAUGCAAUCAGAAAGGCUAUUACAGUUACUCGUUCCACCAAUAUAUCAGUAUUUAAUACGAUAUUUAUAUCAAUUUCCGACAAUGUUAAAUUUAGCGAGGAGCGACAAUGUUGCAACCCUUCAAUUCAUCCAGAAAGCCUAUCCUUUACUCAAUUUUUAUAUGUCACAUUCGAACAAACUCUUUGAAGAUGCAUUAUUUUUAUUAAAAUCCUUCUACGAAAGGCUUUCUAGCCUUCUAAAUGACGGAAUCUUCAUACAGGAGUUCUUUCCUGAGGUUCUGAAUAUUACUCUUAACUUCCUUACAGGUCUACAAGAAGAUAAUUCAAAUACUUUUUCAAUGUUUCAAUUUUUAUUAAAUUACUAUCAUAUGUGGAUUUCCAAAAUCCAUACACCACAAUUUACCAAAGAAAAUCUUACAGAUUGCAUCAAAAUCUGCGAUGGAAUGUCAAAAAUCAAACCAGCGUUUGCCAUUCAUUACAAAGAAUCUCUGAUUGAUCCAAUACUUUCCAAUGGUUUCAACAUGCUUAGCUUUUUGUUUAUUCUUACAAAUAAUCCUGUAGAUGAUAUGGAUAUCGCGUACUUAGGAAUUUCUUUUCUCCGAUUCCUAGAUUUUUACACCAACCUUGGCCCUGACUUCGCCGAGACAAUAUUUUGCCACCAAAUGCUUCAUUUCAUUGGCGCCUUUAUUAUGUGGACUUUAGACAGAUUUCCGAUCUGCGACGACCAGGCCGAGCCAGAGAAAGUCUGUGAGACAGAUCUAGAGUUCUACAAGCACCAUAUUUUCACUCCUCCGGAAUUUAAAUUUGUCAAAAAAGUUUUACACAUUACUUUGACGAAAAGCCAUAACAGGGAGAGUUUUGAGAACCGAGAAUUGAUAAUGCAAUACGCGUUAACCGAAAUCAGCGAAAGAAUUCAGAAAAUUCCACAAUUGAAGUCAGUUUUCGUUACUUUAGCCAAUUUGACCUUCCAUACCAAUUCCUAUCAUCUUGUAGAGCUAUUAUACCUCACGAUCAUGGACUUUGUGACCCAAUUAAUGAAUGGAACUUCAAUUCAAUAUAAUUUUCGCAGUGAACCUCGUUUAUUAUGUUCAUCAGCCAUCUUUUUCAUUACCCAGUUGUUCCUACAUUCUCAGAUCCAAAUUGUUGUCCAAGUUCUCCAAGAUCACAACGGAUUCACAAAUUUGGCCAAUACUUUCAUCUUUUCACCCAAAUUCAAUACCUGGGAAACCGACAACACCUGUAUUGACAACAUUUUCAUCACGGAGACACGUCUUUCCGUUUAUUCUUUGUUUGCAUCUUCAUAUGCUAACAUUGACUCAUCAUAUGUUCCAAUUUUGAAUGCAUUGAGUACUUUGUUUGGUAGUUCUGCUCCGAUCAUUGAUGAAGUCAUCCAGUUUAUCUAUGUUUUGUUCUGUACUUCGACCGAAAUUUUCACUCAAAUUUUGCCAAAAGUUAAUUUGAUACAAGAAGCGAGCCAAUACAUGGUUGAUUUGCAGAGAAUCAAUAUAGACAUGGAAGAACAGAACUACGAACAAAAGAAGAUCAGUAUGUUGGAGCAGAGUCGAUAUCACAUCUUUAAUAUUUUUGAUUAUUUUUCAGCGAAACCAGGCAGUAGAUUAUUAAUUUUUUCAGAAAAACUAUUUUGUGAUUCUAUCAUUCAUUUCUUUUUCGAAGAUGCCACACAGAACUACGCGAUCGACAUGUGGGAGAAUGGUUUAUUAAUUGAUCAAGGUUAUAUUACUAAUGUUUUUGAUCCUUUCUUGCAUAUGUUUGAUUUGCAAAACAUUUUAUUUGAUAAUUCAUUUAAUCAUGUUGAUGAUGAAGAUUGGAUAUCAUUGAUUUACAGGUUGUUGCAGACAUUGGAUAAAGUAAUUCCUUUGAACAAAAAGACAUUGAUUAAUUAUAUAACUAAUUAUAAUUUACUUGAAAAUAUUUCGAAUUUGCCGAAUAUUUCUACUGAUGUUUCCAAGAAAUUGGAGUUUGUUAAUUUGAUAUUGCAUAUCUUCUUCUUAGUUAUACAAGGUUCUCCUGUGAUUCGUAAGUCUGCUUCGAAGAAACCAAUGGAAAACAUGUCCGAAAUCUUGUCAAAAUUAGAUUACGGAGAUGAAACCGUGAAAUUGUUACUUUCUUUGAUUUUUGAGAGAAGUAUGGAUCUCAAGAAUCUUCCAAGGAACAUGGAUAUCAAUAAUGCAAAGAUAAUUCCUGCUAUUCAUAGAUCUACGAAACAUUUAUAUGCUCAUGAUAUAAUAUUCAAUUAUUUGUCAAAAGUUUGUACUUCAUCUGUGACAAAUAAACUGAAAUUAUUCAUGUCAAAGACACCGUUAGUUAUUCUGAAAUAUAUACAGAGUUUCGAUAAUUUCCCAUCACCAAACAAAGAUGGAAGUUACGCACCAACAGUUAAUUGGAUGCUCAUUCUUUUCUCAACAGUUUCUUCUGCUGUUUUCAAAUGGAAAACAUUUUACGAAGCGUUGAGAUCAAUGCGUCCUUACGAGAAAACGAAAAGAUGGUGGACGGUCCAACUUAUAUCAACUUUCUCUACAAUCCUUAGCGAGAUAUCCUCCAGACCUCCUUCUUCUUUCUUCCACUUCCAUGGUAGAAGAACAGGCAUCGAUUUGCCAGUACUUCCUGCAGGAGUUUUGACAAACGGUUUUACUUUUGUUGUCAGAUUGGAAUUAGGUUCUAUUAUCUCUUUGGAUGGCAACAGAGCAACCUUGUUGAGUUUGUUGGAUACUUCUGGUAACUCUAUGGAUCUUUUCUUCGAAGACAACCAUUUAGUUUUCGAGUAUUACAAAGGAAAAGACAAUAUCCAAAGAGUUGUUAUUUCUAGAAUGAAAAGAGAUGUUCAAACUCCUUUGGAAUUCUCCCAAAAUGUAUGGUCAAGGAUCAUAUUUACUAUCAAUGAGAAGAAGUGCGCGACACUGUGGAUAGACAAGGUUUGCUACCACGAGUUCGUAGUAAAAGGCUUCAAAUUGGACCAAGAAAUAAAACAAGGAAAAAUCGCUUGUAACUCUCCGAAAAUGUAUCGUCCGACCGAAGAUCCUUUGAUCGCAAAUAUAUCGUCGAUAUAUUUGUUCGAUAGAUGUUUGAGCCAGGAAAACAUACAGAGGAUCGCCAGCCUGCCGAACGACUACUGUUUCGGAUUUUCUCCGUCACAAGCGUCGGCAUUUCCUGAUGUUCCGAAAGAAUUGUUCACGGAUGAGAUCAAUAACUCACUCAUACUAUGCUUGAACGCUAGAAUGACUGCAGGAACAACUUGCGCGAACUUUACAACUCGAGGAAUAGGAAAUGCGGAAGUCAGAGGCCAAAUCAUACCAUUUUCCACAUCUUUCAUAGAUGUGACAACGAAUAUGGGUGGCUUAAAUGUCUUCCUUCCUCUCUUGGAGCAGGUUGACUAUCCAAUUAAAAAUGAAGAAAUUAAUGACGCGACAAACUUCCUUUUGUCACUUCUAGGAUUAUUCAACCAGUUCCUUAAUAACUCAGAUGUCAUCCAACAUGACUUCUUUGCAAGCGAAGGCAUGAAAUCUCUUGCAUUUUUGUUAUCUAAGAUAAAUCCAACGACAAUGCACUCAAGAGUCAUCUCCCAAUUAUGCGAAAUGUUCAACUCAAUCAAGACAGAAGAGAAUAAGCUAGUAAUGAUUAGAGAUAUCUUCUUGAAUUUCUCAUUAUGGGCGAACCACCUUCCAGAUACUCAAAUCUGCGUAAUAGAUCAUUCAUGGAAGUACAUAUUCUCCUCGAAUAUCGACUUGUUCACUAAAUCUACCAGUGUUACGAACUUGAUCAUCACAAUAACUGACCAACCAAACGCUUCCAUCAGAAACGCGUUCUGGGAACUUGUCCAGAACUUGGCUCCACAUAAGUUCACCUCAUCAGACCAAACAUCUUUGUUUGAAUUAGCCAUGAUGGACAAUCCGAUAGACGUAAGCUUGGAAAUACUGAAAAAUACGUAUAUCCUGAUGAAGAAGCAGGUGAACAACUUCCAUAGGAUCGUAGAGAAGUACAAGUACUACCUUCCUUUCACUCAAUAUUUGAGUAUUUCUGCAAAUGAAAAUGUCAGAAUUUUUUCUCUGAAAUUUAUUUGUCAGAUUUACAAACAACAAUUGAGAGGACAGAUGUCGACAGCUGGUACAGAAGAUCCAGACACAAUGUUUAUCAAUGCUAUAUUAGCAAUGAUCGCUGUUUACAAUCCAAACGAGUCGACAUUGAAAAUGCUAGAAAUUGUAACGAAGAUUUUCUUCAGAUCGAAGAAGAUGCAGCCGGGAUUGUUCCCAUUCAUCAUUUAUCUCUCAACAAUCUACAAACCAGAAGAGUUUAGACCAUUUUUCGAAAAAUGUCAAACUGUAGAGGUUUGUUCGAGUAUUUCUCAAGCGCCAUGCUGGCUAUUAUGGCUGUUCUACGCAAUGUUCCAGACGAACAGGCCAAAACUAGUAUUCGGAAGCGAUACAUUGAUAGAUUCGAUAAUUGCGAUGACUCUGAUACAGAUAACUCAAAAGAAUCAGAACAACAAUGACAAGAACAGAGAGCAGUCCGCAGUAUCAUCGAUGAUUAGCUUGUUUAUGCAUGUAAUGAUCUUUAAUAAGUUUGAUACGACGCCUCUGAUCCGAAAUGUCCUUAAAAUCAUGCUGAGGAAGGUCAUGCAAGAGAUAUCCAAGUGGUCAAGUGAUCAGUUACAGAAUAUUAUCACUCCAAUUGUAAGAUUUAUUUUCUUCCCAGAGAAUUCCGAGAUCUACAAGGAUAAUGUUCAGCUCCUUCAAAUGGCCAACGUCGAAGUCAAAGGAUAUCUUGCCAGCGAGGCACAAGGCCACAUAGCUUUGUCAAUUUACAAACAAAUCUUCAGUAAAGACAAAGUUAAAGACGUCCACACGACAUUUUCUCUUAGAGUAGAGAACAACAAGUGGUUGGACAGCGAACUGGCCAAAAUGCUCCUCGACAUCAUGUGUUUUCUCAAAGAUAAAGAGAUUUCCGAGAUGAAAAUGAAAGUUUCAGAAGUCACUUCACUUAUUGCGGCCACUUUAAUACAUACAGAUCAUUCUAAUACAUUAAAUUAUAUCCAGAGCAUUAAGUCAAUCAUUUCCAAUGAUUAUUCUGCACUUGCAAUCGUCGCAGAAAGUGUUUACAGAGUUUCAAUUAAAUAUGACAAGACUUUGUUCAAUUCUUUCAUUAAAACAUAUCCAGAAAUAAUUUCUAGGAUACCUAGAAAGCCGCAGGAUGGAAAUUCUUACUUAAAUGACCAGUAUUUCGUAACAGAUAUAUUUAACGAACUUUUCAAAGACAUAAGAAUCUACAACAUGAUGGCUGAUGAUUCUGAUAAGGUAUCGACCGCAAUUACUCGAAAUCUAACCUUCUACAUCGAAUCAUGCGCUCCAACUUUGAUGAAACUCGAUCCUGAGCAAGCCGUCUUGUUUGAAACAAUCGGAUACAAGCGCAGACACUUGGAGUUCACGAACGAAAUGAAAAUACAGAAAUAUUCCUGCGAAAAAGCUUGGAGAAGAAUCUGGCGAAAUCUAAGUACAAACGGAAGCCCGUGGUCAAGCAUUGGCAACGCCCAGCACUGGAAACUCGCUCAGCGUUGGGAUUCUUUGUACAGAAGGUUCUUUAUGAAACCAAAUUUGGAAUUCGACCCACACGUCAAAGCCUCCUUCAGAAGAGACGCAACAAGUGAGUCGCAAGCCCAAGAAUUAUUCCUAAAUUGGCAAAAGAACCAUCCAGAGCAAACAAUCGAACAAGAUACGAACCAGAACGAGGAUAUCGACGAAGAUAUCAACACAAACAAGCAGCACUACUCAUUAUCCCUCAACGCUAGAAUGAUUACCCUUGAGAAAAAUUAUGAAGGAAUAUUUUUCAUGAACGACAAAGAAAUCGCGUUUAAUGCCACCGACGAACAACGAUCUAUACAAUUCGAGAUCACUCAGCUCGAUAUGGUCCUUCACAGAUCGUAUUUACAUAUUGAUUCCGGAUUAGAGUUCUUCCUCAAGUCCAGGAGGUCCUAUUUCAUCAUGUUCGGCAAACAGAGCGACAGAAGGAACGUUAUCCAGUACUUACGGCCAUACUCCAACCAAAUGGUCCUUCAAAUUGGGAAUAUCCAGUCACUUUACGCAUUCCAAGAGGCCACGAACCAGUGGAAGUCCGGCAACAUGAGUAAUUUCGAAUAUCUCAUGAAGAUAAACUUCUUUGCCGGCAGAUCUUACAAUGAUUUGAGCCAAUAUCCAGUUUUCCCAUGGGUUCUUAAAGAUUACAAGUCACCAACACUUGAUUUGAACAAUCCAGACAUAUACAGAGACCUUUCAAAGCCAAUUGGUGCCUUAAACGAACAAAGAUUAGCUAAAUCACUAAACGAGUACCAAGAAUGUCCAGAUGGACCAGAGCGAUGUCUUUACAGAAUGCACUACUCCAACGCUUUCUAUGUCCUUAACUAUUUGGUGAGAAUGGAACCAUACACUACAUUACACAUCGAAGUGAAUGACAGGAAAUUUGACAAAUCUAAUCGAAUGUUCAGUGGUAUCAAGAGAGCAUGGAAUGCAGUUGUGUCACACGCUCCAGACUACAGAGAACUUAUUCCAGAGUUCUUUUGCUGCCCCGAUUUCCUUACUAACCACAACAAUUUCGAUCUUGGAAAGUUCAAAAAUGGAUGCGAAAACGGUGAUGUCAAACUUCCUAAAUGGGCCAAAUCUCCUGCACAGUUCAUUGCUAUACACAGAGCUGCUUUGGAAAGUCCUUAUGUCACUUCACAUCUUGGUCAAUGGAUUGAUUUGAUUUUUGGCUACAAACAGCAAGGACAAGCAGCGAUUGACGCGAACAACACAUUCCACGCGUAUUGUUACUCAUCAUCUGUAACUCCUGAGAUAAUCAGAAACAGACCUGAUGACCUACAAACAAUACAAUUCACUGCUGGAAAUGUCGGAAUAAUUCCUCGUCAAUUGUUCACUUCACCUCACCCUUGUAUUGAUGUCAAAUUGAGGAGACCGAUCAAUUCAACCAAAUUCAUUAAGGAGAUGAAUGGAAGACCAUCAUUCGUUGCAUACAAUAACCAGAGCAAAUCAAUGUUCUGCCUCAUGCAAAACGCUCAAGUUUUCUUGGUAAAUUCGACAUCUCCCCCAAAUAUGAUUGGAUCAAUCCAGGGAACAACAAUUAUGGACGGAACAGGACAGAAGUCGUUUGCUUACUUCCCAGACUCCCAGAGAUUCAUCGUGUCUUCCCCGUGGGACUCUUGCUUCCACGUGUUCAAGGCAGAGUCCAAUUCUUUGACUCAGAUUCACACGGAAAGACAGAAAUUCUCUUUGAUCGUCGCUUUACAAACGAUAGGAAAAUCGUUUUUGCUGACCAUAUGGAGAGAUUCGAGUAUUUCUGUCUAUUCUAUCAUAGACAAAUACUCUCUUCUUUACAGAAUCACUCCACACUUCGUUUCGAUUGUUGACGCAGACGCAUCAUUAGUUUUGGACAUAAUUGUCUCAGCUGACAAAGACUCGAACAUCGUGAUUUCGAGAUUAGUCAAUGGAGCAUUUAUAAGGAAACUAACUGCUGAUGACCAGAUCCAGAAGGUUUCGUUGAUUGAAGAUGGAUACAUCGCUGUUUGCACAGGAACAAACCACACGAAAUUGACUCUUUACACAGUGAAUGGAGAUUUCGUGGCUUCGACAACUUUCACUGCGAAAAUGACUGCAUGGACAAAUGUCACUGACUCGAAGACUUCUCUGUCACAUAUAAUCAUCGCGUUUGAUAAUUUCGAAGUGGUCGAAUUCAACGUUCCACAGCUUGAAAUAUUGUCUUCUAUCAACGCUGGAGAUACUCUUUCGUCAUUGACUUAUGACCCGAAUUUGAACGCAGUUUUUGGAGCUGCUUCAGAUGGAAUUUGUUUUCUUAACUUUUAA